AUGAGUAGAGCACUAUCUAGGACUCAGCUUCAGUCAAUUAUCAAGGUUAUCACCAAACAUUUUCCAGCCAGUUAUGCAGACAGCGCUUGGGAUAACACAGGGCUGCUAAUAGAUUGUUCUGUGGAUGAGGGAGGAUCUUCAUCUGCUAGAGUUACGUACCCUUUGGUUCUGCUGACAGUCGAUCUUACGUAUUCUGUGGCUCAGGAGGCUAUCGAAAAGGGCUGUAGUGCGAUUUUGGCUUACCAUCCAUUUAUCUUUCCCAGCUGGAAGAACCUAAGUCCCACACAUAAUCCACAACACAAAAGUGCCAUUGAGCUGAUCCAGGAAGGUAUUUCAGUGUACUGUCCCCACACUGCAGUGGAUGCUGCUAAGGGAGGUGUCAAUGACUGGCUAGCCUACGGUUUGACCGGGGAAAACCGCCAAUUGAUUCAAUCCAAUGACACUAUCGAACCGGUUAAGAGUGAUUUAGUAAAUGGUGAAGCCAAGAAUGAGGUCGGCUACGGCCGUUUGGUCAAACUGAAUAAGAGCUUGAGCUUGGAGCAAAUUGUUCAGAAUGUGAAGAAAAGCUUGGGUAUCGAGCAUGUACAAAUUGCAUCACCACUAGCACAGAUCUCAAAACAUUCCAUCAAGACCAUUGCACUUUGCGCAGGUAGCGGAUCAGGCGUUUUCAAGUCACUGAAAGAAGAUGUAGAUCUUUACUACACAGGUGAAUUGUCUCACCACGAGGUUUUGAAGUAUAAGGAAAUGGGUAAAGCUGUGAUUAUCUGUAAUCAUUCCAACACCGAACGCGGCUACUUGCGAGACGAGAUGAGUAAACUAUUGUCAAGUGACGGUAUUAAUUGCAUAGUCAGUGAGACCGAUGCUGAUCCUUUAAGAGUUGUUUAG